AUGGCGACAAGUGAUAAAACUGUGGAUGAUUCCCUGUACCCAAUUGCAGUUCUUAUUGAUGAACUUAAGAACGAAGAUGUUCAGCUUCGCCUAAACUCUAUUAAAAAAUUAUCAACAAUAGCUCUUGCACUCGGUGAAGAACGUACUCGAUCCGAACUAAUUCCCUUUUUAACAGAAACCAUAUAUGAUGAAGAUGAGGUUCUUUUGGCAUUGGCGGACCAACUAGGCAACUUUACUAGUUUGGUUGGGGGUCCUGAGUACGCUAUGUACUUAAUUCCACCAUUAGAGAGUUUAGCAACGGUUGAAGAGACAGUGGUCCGAGAUAAAGCUGUGGAAUCGUUGCGUAUUGUUGCUGCGGAGCACAGCGCUCAAGAUCUUGAAAUACAUGUUGUACCUACAUUACAACGUUUAGUUUCCGGAGAUUGGUUCACCUCACGCACUUCUGCUUGUGGCCUGUUCUCCGUAUGUUAUCCUCGUGUUUCCCAGCCAGUUAAAGCAGAGCUACGAGCUAAUUUCAGGAAAUUGUGCCAGGAUGAAACCCCAAUGGUACGACGCGCCGCUGCAAGUAAAUUAGGAGAAUUUGCAAAAGUGGUUGAAUUAGAAUAUCUGAAGUCUGACCUUAUUCCAAAUUUUGUUCAAUUGGCUCAAGAUGAUCAGGAUUCAGUUCGCCUGUUAGCUGUAGAGGCUUGUGUGAGUAUUGCACAAUUGUUACCUCAAGAAGAUGUUGAACAUUUAGUAUUGCCUACACUGCGCCAAUGCGCCAGCGAUUCUUCUUGGCGUGUGCGUUACAUGGUGGCAGAGAAAUUUGUUGAUCUGCAAAAAGCUGUAGGACCUGAAAUAACUAGAGUUGAUUUGGUCCCUGCAUUUCAAUAUUUGUUAAAAGACGCUGAAGCAGAAGUACGUGCUGCAGUUGCAACAAAAGUCAAAGACUUUUGCGCAAAUCUCGAUAAGGCCAAUCAAGUACACAUUAUUAUGACAUCGAUUUUGCCAUAUGUUCGCGAUUUAGUGUCUGAUCCUAAUCCUCAUGUUAAAUCAGCUUUAGCAUCUGUUAUAAUGGGAUUGAGUCCAAUGCUUGGAGCCUAUAACACUGUUGAGCAUCUUCUGCCUUUAUUCCUCAUACAGCUAAAAGAUGAAUGUCCAGAAGUUCGUUUAAACAUUAUAUCCAAUUUGGAUUGUGUAAAUGAUGUAAUUGGAAUUCAGCAACUAUCACAAUCCUUAUUGCCAGCUAUUGUGGAACUAGCCGAAGAUUCUAAAUGGCGUGUACGUUUGGCUAUUAUAGAAUAUAUGCCUGCCUUAGCCGGACAGUUAGGUCAAGAAUUUUUUGACCAGAAGCUACGUGGCCUUUGUAUGGGUUGGUUGAAUGAUCAUGUAUACGCCAUAAGAGAAGCGGCUACACUCAACAUGAAAAAGUUGGUGGAACAGUUUGGUGCUCAAUGGGCAGAACAGGCUAUAAUCCCAAUGAUCUUGGUUAUGUCACGCAAUAAAAAUUAUUUACACAGAAUGACUUGUCUAUUCUGUUUAAACAUGUUGGCUGAAGUAUGCGGCACCGACAUUACCACUAAGUUAUUGUUGCCAACCGUGCUCCUUCUGGCAUCAGAUCCUGUUUCCAAUGUUCGUUUUAAUGUAGCAAAGACCUUACAGAAAAUCUCCCCUUUUCUUGAUAGCAGCGUUAUCGACUCCCAAGUCAAGCCAACAUUGGAAAAAUUAAAUGCUGACACUGAUGUCGACGUCAAACAUUUUGCUUCUGAAGCUAUAGCCGCCAUUGCCGCAGAAAUGGAAUUGGACGUUUUCCGUGUUAUUAUACCGCCUGUUUUGGGAAAAGCUCAAGAAGAAGCCAUAACAGCAAAACUAAUUGCUGCACCGCCAUCCAGUGCCAAUGACAACAAUUUGGAAUGUCAGUAUUUUCUGGGACUUUUUAUGAAAUGUACUAAUAAAUCCCUAAUAAACAAUACAUAUGUAUAUGUAUAUAGAUCAACUUGUGUUAUUCUAAUCAAUUAA